AUGGAUAUUUCAUUAAUAAUCAAUGAUAACAGUAACAACAGUGAAAAUAGCAGUAAUAGCAGCAGCAGCAGUAACAGCAGUAAUGUUGUUCGCGUUAGGAAACUGGACUUUAGUAAAUUAAACAAAGACAACAACACAACAACAACAACAACAACAACAACACCACUUUCACAUUACACACUUGAUCAAUCAGUUCUAUCACCACUGGAUUCUCUUUCACAGAUAUCCUUGAUUGAAUAUGAUAUUAUAUCUGCCAACUCCAACAACAACAACAACAACCACUCAUUAUCCUCAGCCUCAUCCACUUUUUCACCAUCAUCCACAGCACACUCAUUCCUCCUUUCACCACUUUCACCUCUGAUGUCAUCGCCCAGAGCCGCAUCAGCUUUCUCCUACCCAGCAUCACCACUACCAUCCACAUUUUCCACCUCCUCACCAAGAUCAUCAUUUGCCUCUGGCGCUGCUGCCUCUGAAUGCUACUCUCCCUGUCCAGCCUACUCCCCCAGAACACCACUGAUGAGUUCUCCACCUCCUUCUCCUAUAAUGUUUGCUCCUUCAUCUCCUAUAAUGUCCUCUGCCAGCAGCAGCAGUUGUAGUGCUUCCUCCACUGUGCAGGUGGUACCAAAGAAGGUGGUGCCAAAGAAGGAAGUGUUUGGCCUGAAGAAGGCACGCAAGUCCUACGAGGUCUAUAAGAAGUUGGAAAUUCUCGACGAGAAGGAGAAGCGUGGCAUGGCCUAUGUAGUCGAGACCUAUGGUAUCUCACGCAGCAUUGUCUCAAGAUGGCAGGCAAACAUCGACAAAUACCGCACCUUCCAGAAGAAGGGGCUCAAGAAGCUGCACAAGGGACCCAAGGCGUCGUUCUCGGAACAACAGGAGCAAGAGAUCAUUCGACAGAUUGAAUUGUACAGAGUCAACAAUCCUACCGAGACAAUCAAUGGUGAAACGAUCAAGAACAUUGCCCUGCGCUUCUCUAGUCAGUUGGGCAACAACACGUUCAAGGCUUCAUCAGGCUGGCUUGAGAACUUCAAGAACAGACAUGGUCUGAAAGCG